AUGAAUGAAAAUACUGAACAACAAUCGGAUUCAGAAGUCAUUACAAGUGUUACUCAAAUCAUUUACCAUCGCUUAGUUAAAGAUGUUAUCUUCUAUUUUGUACAAGCGAAAAAAGAAAAUGGAGAUACGGUAUAUGUCUGGGUUAAUCAAGAAACAGUCAAUCUAUACCCAGAUAUUCUUAAUCUUUAUUGGGGACCAAAUCCAGGAUUCUUGAAAGAUGUUGAAACUGAAACAAUUGAUCAUGCGAAUUCUGCAAAUAUUCAAUAUGCAGCAGAUCCUUCUCAAAAUAUCUAUACUAUUAACUGUAGAGCGCCUAAACCUGAUUUAGUUGGUAAUCUAGCUUCAGGCGGCGUAAUUAACAAAAUUCUUAAGUACAAUCCUGCUUCUCGUGAAUUCUUGGUGCAGUUUGCAGAUGUAGGUGAUCCAAAUUCGAAUUUUACUUUUCCAGAAAGUUAUAUGAUUGAACUAAAUCCAGAAAUGGUCAUUGAUUUCUUCAUGAACAAUCCACAAUAUUUCUAA